AUGGAUGGGGAGACAGAAGUAGUCAUGGAGGAGGGAGUGUCGGAUAGCCUCGGCCAAGGGGGCGUGGAGAAUAAACUGUCAUUUACAGAGUCGAAUAAACCAGUUUUAAUGAAUAUCUCAUCCGAAAGAAGAGCUGCCCCAGGGUCUAAAUUGUCUGCUUUAGUGUCUGGGCUGCAAGCUGCAGAUGGGGCCAAAGGGAAGCUCACUCAAAAACAAAAACACAGAGCGAAGCAAACACCAAUUGUGUGGGCGCCGCUGUUUUACGUCGGGAUAGUGGCUGCAAUUUUCGUUUAUCGGUUCCCCUGCGCCCAAGUUGACCUCACAGAGACUCCUUCUGAUAAGCAACAGUUUGUGGAGGAGAAAAAUGAUGAAACUCUGUACUGCGACAGCGCCCAGACGCGGGAAGAGGCCAAUGGCGACGAAGAGUGCGUUGCUUGCCCCCAAAAUGCCGAAUGUGCAGGAGGGAUUAUGACGUGCCUUUCUGGUUAUACUCCCCGCGAUAGCAAAAACGGGCAGCAAGCAUCGCCGAAAGUCUGUGUCGAGGACAUUACGAAGAAGGCGAAAGCUUCCGAAGUGUUGAAAUCACUGAUAGAAAUUUUGAGAGAGAGACAGGGUAGGUAUGACUGUGGAUACCCUGUGGAACCUCUAUUUAGCCCCUCGAAACAUCUAGAAGGGAAACCCUGGAGCAAAGCAAUCACGAAGAUGUGCAACGGCCCUGGGCUAACGCGCUGGCAGAUGAACUUCCACCAGGAGAUUGGUCCAGCUAUUGCGGAUGACGGGAUCUACUUCUGGUUAUUUUACCACUUCUUGACUCCAGAAGCUGCUGCCGAAAUUGAUAUCCAGGUGGAGAGACAGUAUUUGUUCGUUCCUCUUUCCAAUCCGGUGGAUUUUCCCGAACUUCACGAACGACUUUUGCGGGAACAGAGCAGAGCUAAAGGAAUCACCUUCACCUAUACGUACACGGGACCAGACACAAUGAAGCCUCUCAGUUGUAAAAUAAGCCAAAUGGCCCAUGACCACUUGCUUGCCCUCGUGGGGUUACUAUUCCUGUUAGUGCUGUGCAGUCAGGCCGGUCAACACUUUUACUCAAGAUACUAUAUAAAACAGGAAGUACUCAACCUCAUUCGACUGCAUUCGCAACGUGGAGGUGUCGCUUCACUGACCCGUGGUAUCCCGACAGAUAUCCUCUUUAAUUUACUCUGCGAACGGCUUGCAAAGAAAGGCGCUUUGGCGCAGUUUCUCCUACGGGGUAGACUUACUGUAGAACGGGUGGACGAGGCAUGCCACGACCUGCUUUGGGAACCGCAGACAGGCGUACAUGCUUACAGACUAAACGAAACAAAUCACUGGUGGGCUGAAAAUGGCAAUCGACAAGGCCCAGACCGAGAAAACCGCCAUUUGUCGAAUUUUAAGGGCCCAACUGUAGGACCAACUCAAAGUUCGGAGAGGCCCACCCCUACUACUAGCAUACUUGGUUCCCCCCUUCACCAACACCCGGAUAACGGGGAUCCGCAAAUGCAAGAAGGAGGGAGCGGCCCUGUCCAGUCUUGUGGUCGUGGAUGCUCUUCCCUUCCCGGGCAUUCGUGGGACCAUGGCACCGCGCAUGCCACUGCGGGCUACCCUACGCUUUCUACGUUCAGGCAGGUGCGUAGGCAAAUCUGCUGGCUGCGCGGUUCCAUGUCUUGCUUCGCAAAAAGGAUCUGGGAAGAGCCGACACUUCUUUUACCGUCCUUCCGUGACUUCCUUGCGACCCUAUCGGAUGUGUACAGCAGGCGGCUUCCAACGAGCAAGGGAGUGCUACAGAAGGGGUUACAAAGCCAGCGCGUGGGCUGGACGAUUACUCAGGACUAA